ACAUACCACUUCUACUUGCUGUUGCUACUACUCACUCGCCACAAAUAGCUCAACGAUUUGGUUUCACACUUACUUAAGCACAAUGUAAUUGAAAUGUGUAAAUGUCCGUUAAUACAAAGAACAAUUGUUUCAUCUCCAAUUAUUACAAUAAAGAAUACAAUAUGUCUAGGUCAUAAGAAAUCAUGUAAUUGUUGUUGUUGUUCUAAUUCACAACCGGCAUGUUUCAAAUAUGUGCAACCAGAAGUUCCAAAAUCAUUUAAACCAAUACGUAGUUAUCGCAAAAAUAAUGUUUCCAUGGACACAAAUACAACUUACAAGUUGUCUUAUUGGGAAGGUUCGAGAUUUCUCACCAAAAUAAAAUCAAUUAAGAAAGAUGACUCCUUAACAGUUGGUGAUGGUGAAAUUAAUGACGAUACUAUCUACAAAUUAAGUUUCUUCGGAAAUUGGAAUGUAAUUAAGGAAAUUCCAAAAAUAAAAAGGAAAGCUAGACAGUGGUUAGGGAGAGGGCCAAUGCAGGAUGUUACCACUAAUAACGAUGCUUAUACAUGGAAAUAUAUAUCUCGAUCAAAGCCUUCUAAAAGAUCCAACAACAUCUACUGUUCUCGUGCUCCACUGACUGAUGAUACUACUUACAAGUUAAGUUAUAUUGAUUCAAUCGGUCACAUGCCAGUGCCACAAUCUUUUAAGCCCCAAAAUGUAUACAGCAAGAAUGACGUUCCAAUGGAAGAAUGCACUACUUAUAAACUUAGUUACUGGCCUUACGAAAUACCAUCAAAGGAAAUAAUUCCAUGGAAUCAAAAAAUCGAGUAUCAGGUACCAUCAACUUCUAUUGAAGAUUAUACAACAUAUAACUUAAGUUACUGGCCGAAUAAUGAACCUGUCCGAAAGCCAAUUAAUCACGUUCUUAAGCAAACAGAAAAUAUACUGAAUGUGAGUGACAAUUUUGACGAUAACACUACGUACAAUUUAAGUUACUUCAGCUGUGGAGAAAACACUCAAAGAAGACCAAUAAAACCAGUAGUUCAACCAAUGGCCUUUUUUUCGUGUCCUUUGUCGGAUGAUACAAUCAACCGAUUAAGUUACUUAGGAAAUUGGAAUGUUAAAUCAGAAAAACCUUACAUUCCGAGUUCUUGCAAAAAUCGAUGGUUUGGACGAGGACCAAUACAAAGUGUAACUACCCAACAACAAGAUUUCACUUGGAAAUUCCAAGAAGUCGAAUCUGCUGUUUCCAAACCCAAAGACAAUUUCGGCUUUUCAUCUUCUCCUCUUGAAUCUUCUACAACUCAUAAAUUAUCGUACUUUCCGAAUGAUUUCAAAGACUUGAUAAAAAACAAGUCUUUUAAACCUCCAAUGUCACGCGUGUACCAGCCUCCUGAUGUUCCUUUCAAUGGAGAAACAACGAUGCAACUGAGUUAUCAACCUGUAGAGGCUGUCAUACCUCAAGGAAAACCGUGGGCCACUGGUUCAGGGUAUCACCCACCUUUUAUUCCUAUGGAGGAUAACACCAUAUACAAUCAGAGUUACAUACCACCUGGUACUCUUGAGCCUGUAUCAUGCGACAAAUCCCAUCCUCCAUUGUCAAACAUGUGUCAAGCUACGUGUACACCUUCUUCACAUUCGUUGUCAUCUAUGAGCAAACUGUGUUGUACUCAUUGUCCGUCGUAAUGUCAAAUUUUCUUUCUCAUCUGAUAACUUUUUAGAAUUUAUUAUUUUUUUUUUUUUUUAUAACUAGUUAUUUUAUCUCCAUUUUUGGAGUAAUUUAUUUGAUUACUG